UUCAAUUUUCAAGCCCGCCCUUGCUCUUGUUCAUUUGUUUGAGUUCAUUCAACCCUGAACAAUUCAGGAUUAGGGUUUUUUUUCAUCACACUCAAACACACACUCGCUCUCAAAUUCAAUAACCACUUUGGGUAAUCCAGGCUGCAAUUAAACAUGGACGGUGAGGAAUUGACCGAACAAGAAACCGCGCUUUAUGAUCGCCAAAUUCGCGUUUGGGGCGCCGAUGCUCAACGGAGGCUAAGCAAGUCUCAUAUACUCGUUAGUGGACUCAAAGGCUCUGUAAUUGAGUUUUGCAAGAAUAUUGUGCUAGCCGGGGUAGGUAGUGUGACAUUGAACGAUGAUCGACUGGUGACGGAAGAGUUAUUAACUGCUAAUUUUUUGGUUCCUCCCGACCCAAAUGUAUACACGGGAAAAUCACUUGCUGAGCUCUGCAGUGAUUCCUUGAAGGACUUUAACCCCAUGGUUCGUGUUUCCGUUCAAAGAGGUGAAUUAUCAAACUUUGAUGUUGAUUUCUUCCACAAGUUUGAUGCUGUGGUUAUCAGUUCAUGCUCUCUUUCUACAAAGAAAUCAGUGAAUGAGAAGUGCCGCAAAUCGUUAAAACGUAUUGCAUUUUACACAGUGGAUUGCAGAGACUCCUGUGGGGAAAUAUUUGUUGACUUGCAGGAUUACAUUUACAACAAGAAAAAAGAUGAUGAAACUAUUGAGUGCCAUAUAGAGUAUCCAACUUUAGAGGAAGCUAUAUCUGCUCCAUGGAAAUCUCUUCCAAGGAAGGUUUCCAAGUUGUACUUAGCCCUAAGAGUGGUAGAGAAGUUUGAGGAGCUUGAAGGCCGUAGUCGUGGGGAAACUUCUGCUGCAGACUUGCCUAAGGUUCAAAAGCUGAGGAAGGAACUUUGUGAUGCUCAGUCACAUGCUGAAUCCCAAAUUCCGGAUGCCCUACUUGAGAGAUUAUUGAAAGGCAGAACUGAAUUUCCACCUGUUUGUGCCAUCAUCGGAGGCAUCCUUGGACAAGAAGUUAUUAAAGCAAUAUCAGGCAAAGGUGAUCCUCUAAAAAACUUCUUUUUCUUUGAUGCAAUGGAUGGCAAAGGGAUAAUAGAAGACAUAGGCAAUCCGAAGCCCAAGUGAAGACUGUGGUCUUAGUCCACUUUUCAGCUUAGUUUCAUCCAACGACCUACUAAGGAAUUGAUCUUAGGAUAAUCUAGAUAUUAUGGAUUGAUCCAUGUGUUUUUUUGGCUGCUGCUUCUAUGUGAUUUACCUAAUUUAUGAGUUGUAACAUUUCAUUGGCUCCGUUACUGUAAUGCGAGGAGUGAAUUUUUUACUCAUCAA